UGUUUGCUUUGAUGCUGUUCGAUUUACUAAAAUAUGGCAGAUAAAAUCAUCCAUUCUUGCUUGGUGUCCAAGAUUGCCAUCACUCUAUCGGUCAUCAGUUUGUUGUUGUGCUGUGGUGUGUUUUUAAGAACUGAAUUGAUGCUAAACGAGCUGUAUUCAAGAGACAUCCAGCUGUCAGACAAGAUGACUUCAAAACACGACAUGAACGAUGGCUUAAAUCAAUUCAGCAGCGAAGAUCGCUCAAAACAAAAUGAAGCAGUUUUAAAAAGAAAAGUAAGACAUGAUACAACUGGAGUCAACAACACCAUUAAGUUACUGACCGAUUUAUUCGACCAAAAAUUUGGGAAAUUUUGGAUUCCUAUUCCAGGACCUCCCGGUCCACAAGGAAAACCUGGUCCAAGAGGACCGCGAGGACGCAUGGGUAAAUCGGGGACGCAUGAGGAAAGAUCGGACUUCCUGGUCCUAGAGGAAUGACUGGACCAAAGGGACCAAAGAGAGACCGUGGUCCUUCCUUAGCACGUCCAAUAGUACUCAUUUCACCAACACAUCUCAUCGUCAAUGAAAGCCAGUCCGCCAUCUUACAUUGUUCGUCUAAUGGUUAUCCUCGACCUGAUGUUGUGUGGAGUAAAAACAACGGUACAUUACCAAAUAAACGAGCAGUAGUUGAUAGCACUGGCAAACUUGAUAUCAAACACGUGACACCCAAUGACUCAGGAAUCUAUCAGUGUAAGGCUUCUAAUCUUCUUGGCAGCACAAAAACAACAGCAAUACUUCAAGUGAACUUUCCUCCGCUACUGACCUUCAACAAAAGAACAAUCUACAAAAAGAUAGGUGAUGACAUUCGUCUACCUACUUGUCACGUGACUGGAAUUCCUGAACCAAAAGUCACGUGGUCUAAGUCUAUCGGUUCUUUGCCGGAUAAUCGUUCUGUUGUUAGAGAUGGACAUUUUACUGUACUAAAAGCGAAAAAAGAUGAUUCAGGAACAUGUCUGCAAAUCUGAAAAUCUUCUUGGUUCUGU